AUGGCUGGCACCGCGUCGUACACACCAUGGACCUGCUUGGUCCUGGUGCUCGCCCUCCUCAACAUGUCCGUCUUGGCCGCGGCCAUGAACGUCGACGCUGCUCUCGCGCCGCGACAGAGCCCCAAUGCGAACGCCCUCAUCUCGCCCAUCUGCCAGAACUACGCACAGGUGGCUAACCGCUCCGUCGUGGGGCUGAACUCGACCUACCGUGCCGCGUUCCUCCGCUCUUCCCCGAUGGGCACCGAUGCCGCCUCUUCCAUCCUCGACACCCAGUCGCCCAAGUUCAUGGGUCUCAUGAUGGACGUCAACCUGAACCAGCAGUGCGGCAACCUGAGCGAGAUCGCCUUUGCGGGUGCUGCGGCGAACUUCACCAACGGCAUCGUGGCCGACUUCACCAUCCUGGAAGCGCCAGGAAUCGGCGUCACGGGACCUACGAUGCCCCUGGUGAUCAUCGCCAUCGUUCUUAUCAUGGGAGGAACUUUCAUCAGUCUAUAA